UGUUUGGAGCUUGCAAGCGCAUACAUUGUAUCCGGAAGCUAAGAGUGAUUACGGAUUAAGCAGUGAAAGUAGGAGUUGAUAUCAAAUCAAAAGAGACUUCAAUUUCAGUGAAAAAGACGGAACUGGCAGCAAUGACGACCUGUCUGAGUCGAGGCGGAGUGCUUCUGCUUGUAAUGACCCUGUCCUGUGUUGCGGCGGAUAAGGAUGUGUAUUUUGACACUUUUGCUAACUGUGGUCAAACAAACACCAUCAACUUCACCAAUCAGGUUACCGUGCAUGCAGAGCGCAAUCCCGCCAUGGCUUCAAGCUCAUUCUCAACCUGUGAGAUCCUCUUCAAGGCAUCUGGGCCGGAUGAUGCUUUGUGUUUACAAAUCGACCAGCUUAACUUCAAGAAUGGAAACUUGAAACUCAACUUCUUUGAUGCACAAGAAGCAACUGGCAACACACCAGCUAGGGUGUUUAGUGAUGAUUCUAGCGAUUCUUUUUCGGUGCCAAUGGAAAUCUGUUCAACUGGUAGAUAUGCAGCCCUGUCCUUGGCACAGAAGAGCACUAGUUUGACAGCCAGCAUCAAAGACGUUGACAUCAACAUCAAAGUCCGCAACAUGCACGGCAACCGAAGAACUGUUCACCUGGACACAGACUGCGGAAGUAUCAGUGGAAGGAGGGAGGUGGAUGAAAGUCAGACAGUUGUUGUCAAGAAUCGUCACAGUGAUCGAACAUCUGACCUGCCCCCGCUUUGCCAAGCAGUUUUCAAAUACACUGGAGAAGAAACGAAUAAGACAGUGUGUCUGCAGUUCCUACCAAAAGAUCAGUACUGCAACUUUAAGCUGAAGGUCUUCGAGGGAAAUCUUACAGUAUUUACUCUGGCGCAUACGUACAGCUGCACAAGCAGUAAACCCAAAAUAUGGUGCUCCAAGGGGAGGUACCUCACACUGGAGAUGACACGAGAAGCCCCAUUCACCGCCUCACUGGAACCAGCUGACCUCUUUUUGAUCAAUGUCAAGGACGGUGUUAAAGAGAUGGCGGGAUCACCUGGAAGCAUAGACGAUAACAAGACAUAUGGAACAACAGUAUUCCCCACACCAGAUAAUGGCAAUCACGAUUGGAAAUGGUGGGAGAUUGCGCUCAUCGUCAUCGGCGUGGUUACCGUCAUCGCCAUCCCCGUCAUCUGCUGCUGUGUAAAGAAAUCAAAGGGCCACUCGAUUCCCCAUGAUGAGCAUGAAGUUGAGAAGUUGUAACGUGUGCAUGCAUUGUCACGUGACUCAAGGAGUGCAUGCAUAAAUCGUCCCAUGUUGAGAGGCAUGUAUGCCUCUCCGUAGCCAGCAGCUGAAGCAUGUGUGCCUCUGUAUACUACAAUAUUACCUCCUUGCAUUAACUCCUGCUUGAUACUCCUAUAUGUGCUGCUACAGCGUGCCAAAUGUGGAGUCCGUGGACUCUUGUCUAGAAGCUGUCCAGUAGACUUGUCCAGAGUUGUCUAGUUAAAGUCUCCUGGACUCUUUGGAGACCCUUCCAAACAGUUUGCUAUUUGAAUCCAGUGGGCUCCUCUGUAGAAGCUGUCCAGUAGACAGGUGUUUGUAAUGACUGGAUUGUUUAUGUGGUUAAGUAGACAUAGACAAAUGUUUGAGUCAACUGGACUUUGCAUAGAAGCUGUCCAGUAGUGUCAAGUGUCUUUCCAGACUUCAAAUAGACUUAGACUGAUUUCUCCUGGCUUCUAUGUAGACUCAGCAGAUUAGACACAUAUGUUAUGUCCAAUGAACUUUGUAUAGAAGGUGUCCAGUGGACAGAUGUUUCUGUCUUCUGGACUGUCUAGACAACUUCAAGUAGACACAUCUAUGUAGACUCAGCAGAGUAGAAACAGAUAUUUUGUUCAAUGAACUGUGUAGAAGGUGCCCCGUGGAAAGAGGUUUGUGUCUUCUGGACUGUCUAGACAAAUUCAAGUGGACACAGACAAAUGUCUACUGGCCUCUAUGUAGACACAGAUGUUUAUGUCUAACGAACUCUGUGUAAUAGGUGUCCCUUGGACAGAUGCUUACUUCUUCAGGGUCUCGUUCCACGGAGCAGUUAUAGGACUACAACUUUCAUAAGUCUAUGAUCAAAUAUGGAAGUUACAAACUCCUUAGUGCUAAGAACGCUCAAUGGACCUUGGUCAUGGACUCACUGGACUUACAGAUUCCACAAUAGUUAAAAUCUGCUGAAAGCAUUAUCAAAAGUUCAGUCCUAAAGUAUUCUGCAGGAUUUCAACAUAUCUUUCAUUGCAGCUAAUCUCACUGAAAUAGAAGAUUAGACUUUGUCUUCAAAUUUUGUACUUAAGUAAAACUAUCAGUGAAAAUAUGAUUUUAGUGACUCCUACAUCAUAAAAUGCAAAAGGAAAUACUUGAAAAGCAUCCUUCUUUUUAACUGCUUAUUUAGUGGAUAAUAGUCUUCAAACAUCGACAUGGGGCAUAAACUGUGUAUAUCGUUGUUAUCGUAGUUAUUGCAUGUUAAUACCAAAGUGCCCAUUAGUGAAGUAGGAAGUGUUUAUGUGCCGGUGAUUGUACGAUAUAGAAACCUGUGUGUUUGUGAGUCUGUAAUUAUAUUCAACUGUUAACUUGUUUCAUUUGUGUGUGAUACAUAUCGGGACUGAUGCUGCCUUGGUCCCUGUUUCACAAAGUGGACAAACCUGUUUGGUUCUAUUUCUGUGUCAACAGGGCAAAUAACGCUGUUUCACAAACUGAUCAUAAGGCCCUUGUUUUUAAUUACUUGGUUUACAGAUUUAAAAAAAAUAUAUUAUUAGGUCAGUAGGAAGGGAAAAAAGGGGGGGAAUAUAUAGAUGUUAUAUGCACACUGCCAGGUGCCAUGCACACUUGAGUAUAUAUCAUCUAUGCCAGGUGCCGGCAUGCCAGCUGAGCAGUCUGUGGCGUUAGCUUUCUCUCUGUUCCACAGGUAAAAGUGUAUAAUUCUGACAACUCAGCUCGGAGAAUAAAAUAUUUAAGUAGAUUGGUGGGGUGUGGACCAGAAAAGAUCUUACACCCACUUACAAGUACUGUUUCAGGGAGUAUUUGAAAGGUUUAAUUUGCUGGUUUUUCCUUUUUUUCACUUUCUUUGUUUUUUAUCAGUUAGUUGGCAUAUAAUGGCAAACCUUCUUCUUCUUUUUCCCACUUUCCUCACAUUUCUGGUCGGCGGAUCCGUAAACCAAGUAAUAACAAAAAAGGCCUAACUAUGACUGUUGUAUACAAUAUACUUCAAACUGACUUUCCACUGUGCAACUGCUUUGACAAAUACAACAAUUAACCUUUCACCAAACGACUAUCAUAAUUGAUAUACUUUAAUUUGGCUCGCAAUUGUUGUACUGUUGCAUUUGAUUGUCGAGUGGGACAUAUUCUUUACACAAACUGAUCCUACCUAUGACUGUCGUAAUUCAGAUACUUCAUUAUGGCAUGAAACUUUUGUACCUUUGCGAUUGCUUUGUCAAAAAAAGUCAAAUUACCUUUUCACAAAUGGAUCGUAACUACAUCUGUCGUAAUUCAUGUACCUUAACAUGUGCUCACCACUGGAAAGUAACUGUUUCUGGAACAAAUGGACUGUUGAACUUUUUGAUCAAAAUGAUUUCAGUUACUACUGUCACAACAUGUCAAACUUAUAUUGUUUUGACCACUUUGUGAAAUGGGGUGUUUUGCGAACCAACCAGAGCAACAACUCGUACACUGUAUACGUCUAUCGCAACGUUAGAAUUGCUACAUAAGAUGGUGUCCAGCUUUACUGCAUUGCUCCUUUGUUAACAUAUGUAACUGCUUUACGCUGCAUGGUAUCAUUUCAUCACAUAUACCCUCAUGGCACUCACAAGGACAUCCAGAAAUGUUCUCAUCAACAGUUGUUACGAUUGCUUCAUCAAAUAGGCAAAUAACCCUGUUUGUCAAUCUAAUCGUAACUUCCACGUUGUAUUAUCUUGUUUACAUCAUCGUCAUUUGCAUCAAAUGUGAGACCCGAGAAGAUCCAGUUUAAAAUUGGUCUUCAACAACCCAUGCUUGUUGUAAGAGGCGACUAAACAUGAUCGGAUGGUGGGACUUGCUGACUUGGUUGACUCAUGUCAUUGUAUCCCAAUUGUGCAGAUCGAUGCUCAUGCUGUUGAUCACUGGAUUGUCUGGUCCAGACCGCCACCAUAUAGCUGGAAUACUGAGUGUAGCAUGAAACAUACAUACAUUUCCAUUAUCAUACAUAUCACUAAGAAGAAAACGCAAACAAAACAUUUUUCAUAUCAAUGGUGAACAUAUAUACAUGUAUGUUUUUUGUACUGAAAAUCAGAACUUUUAGACAUAUUAUGUAGAACAAUGUGUGCCAUACAUUGUGUUUUAGUUAACAGGUUCAGCUACGUUACAUUGGGAGCAUGGUAUAUUUGGCCUUGGGUUCAUUGUUUGGACCAGUAAUUUUUCUUAAAAAAACACUAAUGUGUUGUGUUCUUGUUUGUAUGCAGAGUAAUGUUUGCCUAAUGUAUUGAGUUGUUAUGCAUGGCCCCUGUUUAGUGAAAUCCGGAUUGUAUAGUUAGGUACUAACACACAAUACUUACAUCCUCGUUAUGAAGGUUGUAGACUAGGAAACGUCAAUGUUUUCGGCCUUCGUACAGGUCAAUAAAAUCAUGCUGUUUUUAAAAUACUUUUCUUUCAGAGCAUUUGAAACUUUUGGUUUUUGUCUGAAUAAAAAUGUGAAUGUCUUGUCUGGAUUUUAGUGGAAGAGUUAUCUAUCCUUAUCUAAACUGAUGUGCAGUGUGAGGACUUUGGUCUCCUUAUGAGGAAAAGAAAAUAAGGAAAAUACAUUCUUAUUUUGCUGAUAACUUUUUUUCUGGCCUUGCUUUUGUUUUGUUUUUUGUUGUUUUUGUAAAGUUAACAGAUGUGUGCUCUUUAACAAAUGCAGAAUCAAAAUUGAAUGAAUGUUGGUACAUUGAUUUUCAGCUGCAACGGUUGGGAUUUAACAGAUUCAGCUUUUCUGCUUGUAAGAUAAAUAGCCAACACGCAAAGCAUCUUCAACUAUUAAAAAUGUUAUUUAUUAACUAGUGCAGAGUUCUCUCCCUUCGAGCAUCUUUAUGUUCAAACACAUGUCAAGUUGAAAAAAUGCCACCUUUGUCAAUGUCGAUAGACAUAAAAUGACAACUUCCAAUGGUGCUUAAGUCUUUCAAACAUCAUAGGUGGGUUGACAAAGAAAGUAUAGCAGUAGUUAUGAUAGCCAAAAGCAUACUUAAAAUGACAGGCCUACCAUGGGUAAAAAAUGUGCCAAAUGCAUACAAUAAGUACCUCUGUAGAUAAAACAGAUCACAAAAGCAUCAUACCUUGAUCAGUUUGAGAGAUUGAACAAUCCCACAUGUCUGAAUUUGGGAUCACAUUUAAAUCAAUAAUGCAGAUAUCCUAACUUCAGUGAGAAUGUUUUAAGCAUGUAAUCAUGCAUAGUGAUUUGGGGUGAAAAGUGGUCAACUAUUGUGAACAUUUAGCUCAUAUUUUAUCAAUUUUGAAAAUCUAGUGUUAUAACUGAUUAUUUUGUGUGCCACUGCGAUCAUGGUUUGUAAACAAAUUUGACUUUUAAGCAUGGCUAUCGGCCAAAUAAAUGUUGUUUGUGUUCUCUUUUCUUUUCUCUUUUCUCUUUUUCUUUCAAUUCUUCUGUCAGUAGAAAAUUAGUUUUAGUUUCUGUGACUCUGAAGUAUAUAACUGAUAUUAUUCAUAACUGACAAAAUAAAUUAUUUUCAGAGAAAGUAUUUAUUCAUAAACUUUACAUUAUCAUCAUUUCUUUUCUAGGGCGAUUGGUUUAAUGCACUGCAGAGUAAACAAGGCAGUUGGUGAAGAGUAGCCACUCUCACAGGACAAAUAUUACACAAAAUAUUCCAAGGAAAUUUGAAAGCA